UGUCCCUCCGUUUCUUUGGAAAACAAUUUCAGCACCGGUGACUGCCUGCGUUUCACAAGAAAUCUCGUGAGAGAAAUUAGAGGAGGAAGAAUGGCAGGAGGAGGAUUUACAGAUGGGGGGCCAAUGAAGAGGGCUCAUCUUUAUGAGUAUGAAUUCACGUGGUACUUCUUCAACGCUUGCAUUGUUGCUGCACUUGGAGGCUCUCUCUUUGGCUAUGAUCUCGGAGUUUCAGGUGGAGUAACUUCCAUGGAUGACUUUCUGAAGGAGUUCUUCCCAAAAGUUUACAGAAGGAAGCAACUUCACCUGAAAGAAACAGAUUACUGCAAAUACGACGACCAGAUUCUCACCCUCUUCACUUCCUCUCUCUACUUCGCCGGUCUUCUUUCCACAUUCGCCGCUUCUCCUAUCACAAGAAAGAAAGGCAGAAGAGCCAGCAUUCUCGUCGGCUCCGUCUCCUUCUUCUUCGGCGGAUUCAUCAAUGCAUUUGCAGUCAACAUCCCCAUGCUCAUCGUCGGCCGAAUUUUCCUCGGAAUCGGCAUCGGAUUUGGCAACCAGGCAGUGCCGCUCUACCUUUCUGAAAUAGCGCCGGCCAAAAUCCGAGGCAGAGUCAACCAAUUGUUCCAGUUGACCACUUGCUUAGGGAUUCUGAUAGCGAAUUUCAUCAACUAUGGAACAGAGCAGAUUCAUCCAUGGGGCUGGAGGCUGUCUCUGGGAUUGGCCAUGGCGCCGGCGACUAUAAUGUUCGUCGGCGGCCUGUUUCUUCCAGAGACGCCGAAUAGCCUCGUCGAGCAGGGCAGAUUAGAGGAAGCAAGAGAAGUUCUCGUGAAGAUUAGAGGAACGUCGAAGAUCGAAGCCGAAUUCGACGAUCUCGUCGAUGCAAGCAAUGCCGCUCGAGCCGUGAAACAUCCUUUCAGGAAUCUCUUCCGGCGAAAAAACCGUCCGCAGCUUGUAAUCGGCGCACUCGGAAUCCCGGCGUUCCAGCAGCUUACAGGAAACAACUCCAUUCUCUUCUACGCUCCCGUCAUUCUCCAGAGCUUAGGGUUUGGUUCGGGGGCGUCUCUCUAUUCCUCUUCCUUCACAGGCGCGGCUCUCGUUGUCGCGGCGUUAAUUUCAAUGUUCUUCGUCGAUAAGUUCGGGAGGAGGAAAUUCUUCCUCGAAGCCGGCUUCGAAAUGUUCGUCUGCAUGAUCGCAGUCGCUAUCACGCUGAAAUACAAUUUCGGACAAGGAAAGGAGCUGUCCAAGGGAGUGAGCGUGUUCCUGGUGUGCAUGAUUUGCUUGUUCGUGUUGGCUUAUGGAAGGUCUUGGGGGCCAUUGGGAUGGCUGGUUCCGAGCGAGCUGUUUCCAUUGGAGACGAGAUCGGCGGGGCAAAGCAUCGUGGUCUGCGUGAAUAUGUUCUUCACAGCUCUGAUCGCGCAGUGUUUUCUUGCAUCGAUGUGCCAUCUCCGGUACGGAAUCUUCAUUCUGUUUGCUGGAUUGAUCUUCAUCAUGAGUUGCUUCAUCUACUUUCUGUUGCCGGAGACGAAGCAAGUUCCGAUUGAAGAGAUCCAUUUUCUGUUCGAAAAUCAUCCGUUCUGGAAAAAUAUUGUUAGAGAAGAUGGAGAAGAAGAGCGGCCCAAGGAGGAGGCGAGUGACGUUCAAGUUUAGAACAACGCUGUUUUCUCAUCUUAUUUAGACAGAAGGAUUCUUUUUAUUUGUUUUGUUUUUUUUCCACUUUUAGGAAGCUUUUUAAUUUAUUGUUGUUAAAUUUUGUUUUCCCCUUUAAUGCAUGGAUUUAUUUUUUAGAGUUAUCUAAGUCAAGGAUUUCAACCUUUGGUCAAGUUAUGAUGCUCACCAUGUUUAGAACGGCGGCAUAGUAAAAAUUAAAAUGAGUAAUUCUAUUAUUGUUUGACACUUAAAUGGUAUAUACCUAAAUAUAUAUGUGAGGUAGUCAAAUAAUAAUAAAAUAAGCUUAGAGACUAUUUAGAAUCAUUUUUUAAGAGUUAAGGACCAAAUUGAGGAUAUAGAAUUUAACCCCCGAUCUCAAGAAAGUAGGUGUCAAUUAUUGUUAAGCUAUGCUUAUGUUGACUAUAAGCGAUGCAUGUGAUUAUCUUUUCAAUUUUUGUGUAUAAAAGUUCUUUUUUAUAUUUUGUUUUUUAAUAAUAAAUUUGUAUAAAUACUGCUUUCACCCGACCACUUCUUUGUUUGCUAUCUACUUAUUGGAAAAAUCUAAGCUAAAUUUAAAAUAAUAAUAAUAACAAUCAUUUUCAAAAGCUUGUU